AUGUACUAGGUGCUGGAGAGAUGGAAGGGAGAGAGAUGAUGAGACAAUGGGGUGGAGAGAGGGGAGACGGCUAGGAUGAGAAGAGGAGGGAAGAGACCAUAUGGGUUUGGAGAUCACCAGGAGAGAGGAGAAGACAAGAGAAAGAACAGAGUGCAGGAGAGGCAGAGAAGGAGACAAAGAGCCCAGUCCCCCAGACACCAUGCCUCUUGGCAGACAGAGAGAAGGGAUUUACCUUCCAGGAAAAGCAUCAAGAGGUGGCAGGAGAUAUGGGGAAGCUCAGCUCAACCCAGCCACGAGAACUACAAAUCUCUAUCCUCAGAAGACCCAGACCCUGAUCAUCUAAGCUUCCCCGAAGUGACUGACAGCCUUUCAAUGGGAGGAGGCCUUCAGAACUCCAGGCCAUCUGUACCAGCUACCAGCUCAGCUUGGCUCAUACCUUCUGGCUCAAGCCAGCCCAUUCAAGCUAACCUAGGAAACACCAAUGCUUUUACAUAUCAGCCUUCAGAAACAGGACUAUGGCCAGAGGUACGUGGCACUAGUGCACAGAUACAGGUCUCCAGUUCAGCUGCUCCAUACCCCACUGUCUAUGAAUGGGGAGUGAAGGGUCAUUCCUAUGGGACUGCGGCAAUCUCUGCACACUUCCCUGUAACACUCGUAGCCCAGGAAGUCCCCAGCCCUGCUCCUUCUGCACCACCUCAGUUUAACAACACCACCAGAGUCAGCCCCAUGGGCCACCUGUACGGGCAUAUUCAGCCUCCCGCAAAUGCCUGCCUCAUGCAGCUGCAGCCCCCGACUACGUCAGUGCAGGCUCAUCAAAGCCAAGGCCGUGGCCAGCAAGUUCCUUUGCAGGACUGGAGAGGAGCCUACCUUUACAACCGUGACAUGAGGGGUCAGGAGUCAGGAGAGAUGGGCUCCAUCGUGCAAAGAGGCAGGAUCAUUAAAGUGCCAGCAAACACCCAAAGUGAAAUGGUUCUGGUCCUGAAAGCCAUCCAGCCAAUGGGCACCCGCCCAUCCUCUUCGGCCAGUUUGUACUAUCCAGUUUCAGCCCAGGCCAGGGAUUCCCAGGCCAUCGAUCCAGGGUUCAAAGAGGCGGACCCUUUGCCUGGAACGCUGCAUGAGCCCAAGACCUUCUGCCUACCACCAGGCUCAGCUCAGCAGGGAGGCGGAGUGAAAGCCAUCAGCCCAGAGAUGCUUCCUGAGGCCCUGGAUGGGUCUCAGAUGCCUCAGGGAUCACAAGGGCCACCACUGUUCCCCUUAGAAAUCCCUGAUAUUAACCAGCUAAUGGCCUGCAUUGAGUCUGUUCAGGCAACUAACUCCCUGUCACACAGUGACAGGCCCAUUGAUCCCAGGCAGGUGACAGGAAGCGAUUCCCUCCAAGAGAUGCCUCUAGGGAAACACGUUUCUCAGGAGAAUGUCGCGGGAAAGAAUAUCAUCAAACCUCCACUCGCCACUGAAUCCCAGGAUGGAGCCUCGCAUCCUGCACCUGGGAAGGGCAAAUCGCCCAGGAAAGCUUCAAAGCAGGCAGAACCCUCGACACUUCCUGCCGCUACGCCCCCAGUGGGGUCUGACAAGCCUUCUGCUGAGCGGGGACCCGAACUCGCUGAUCCCCAGAAAUUAGAAGCAAAUCGUUCUGAGAUGCCAGUAGCUACUGAACCAGCCCAGCCCUCUGAAGAGGACCAAGCAACGGGCGCUAAGAGGCUCGAAGAUGAGAAGGAGACAGCGUCAGGGGAUCAUCUCCCUGAUGAUCUGUGGGAAGGGAAUCUGGAGAACCGUCACCCUGCAAAGAACACCACUGACACCAGAACUGUAACCGCCUUAGGGGAUGGGCGAGAGAUUCCAUGCGCUGACUCGAAACAGAGGACAACUGACCUCAAGAGGCAGCCUUCGAGGAAACUGGAAGACCAGGCAGAUGUUUCUAAGCCUGAAGAGCGGCAGCACAAAAGACUAAGCAGCUCAGGGAAUGAUAAGGGGAAAAGUACGCAUCAGGGCAGGGGGAAAUUAAAACCGGAGGAUAAACAACCUGGAAGUCAAGAGGGUGGGAAAAUCUUCCAGCCAGAACGAGAGCCUUUUAAAAUGCCCCGGAGCCACCUGGGGCUACACAUGCUGGAGUCUAUCCAGGUUUUCCACCCGUUGGGAAAGAAACUGAUUCCACUGGGCCCUGCUCGAGGAGCUCCAGCUCUGCAGUCCAACAAGGCUGAAGGAAGCUCUUCCAGUGCCUGGCCAAUGCCACUGCUGGGUCUCAAAAGAGCCCCGGGGCCUCCUGAAGACCCAAAGUCAACCUGUUGUGGUAGGAGGGAUGGACAAUGGGAAGUCACUGGCAAACUCUAUCGUGCCCCAGGAAAUACAAGGCCAGUUGCUUUAGCAUCACCUAGACGCGUCGCUCUGAAGCAAGGCAGCAGCCGAGCACCUCCCACCAAGUCCUCCUUUGGGAAGGACCUGCCUCUGCCCCACGAGCGCACUCCUCUCCCUUCUCUCAGCUCCACGCCCACCUGGCGUCCCGGAGGGGGAACGCAGCCCCCUCCAACCAUCCUAAAGAACCGGCCCCUCCAGGAGCUGGAAGUGUCGCUGCCCAUCCCCCCGGAGCAGAGAGGGGAGCGGGAUGCAAUGAAGAGGCGGGCGCAGAAGGAGAGGGAGCUCGCUGCCCAGUAUACAGCCCUGGGGAAGAGACAAUUUUUUGUGGAAAGAGAGAGAGACCUGACGAUAGCAGAGGAGUUUGGCUACAUCUGA